AUGCGAACGGCAGAGGCACGUCGUCUGAAGGGAGCCUCCCGUCAGCCUUGUGAGGGAUGGCAGAAGGGAGAGUAUAUGAGCCCACUCGGAUCCAUAUUAUUCGGUGUGCUCGUUCCGAAGAGAUAAGAUCAUAGUGGCAUUUUCUCAAACUCAUAUUUGUUCAAUAAUGGCAAGCCUGUCCACUUCCCACAGGGCAUCGAGAGAAACUGAGGACCAGCAAACACCUCCAGCCCUCCAACCGGCACCUCCUGGGACAUUAGGAGAUCGAAGGCUCCCCGUGGGUUCCAGUCGAUCCGCUACUGCUCAACAAACCAUCGACAACCCUCUCCUCACAUUCGACGAUACCGUCACUCGACAGGACACGAGAAGAACAGAGUUAGAAGAAUAUGUCCUGGACUUUACUAAGCACAGCCACCUUGAAGACAGGUUCGAACUGUUGUUGUUUGGUGCUCGUCUCGCCCGAGACAAGCAUGAGGCAAUGAUCCGGUACGACGGAGAACUAACGGCUCCGGAGAGAGUUCUCCUCACCAAUGAAGCGGAAAAGAACACAGGGUUCUGGAAACAGUCGAAAUUUUUCCGUGCAACUAUCAUUACUGCCAGUCUUGGAGGAUGUAUACAAGGAUGGACACAAAGUAUUAAUAAUGGAUCUAACUAUGGUAUGCCAGAGGAGUUCGGGUUGUGCAUAAUAUCGCGGCCGAAUCAACCGUGCAACGGAAACACACGCGACCUCUGGACCCUCGGUAUGCUGAAUGCCAUUCCCCUGUUUUCAGCCGGUAUAUUUGGUACUACGCUUGCGGAUCCCCUUCAAGAGAACUAUUUGGGAAGGCGUGGAAGUAUUUUGGUAUCUGCUCUUAUAACCAUUGCAUCUACGAUUGGUGCUUCGGCUACCCAGUCUGUGGGACAGCUAGCUGCCUGCCGAGCCCUAAACGGGAUUGCCCUUGGUGCAAAAGGGUCAAUUGUUCCAAUUUACUCUGCAGAAAUAUCGCCAGAACAUAUACGCGGCAAAAUACUGGCAAAUUGGCAGCUUGCAGAUGCUCUCGGGAUGUUCCUUGGUUUCACGGUGAACCUGAUAAUUGUUAGCUAUGUCUUUGACACUACAAGAAGUUGGAGAAUCCUCACCAACACGGUUCUAAUUCCCACCAUUCCACUGCUAAUCCUGAUUUACUUGAUGCCAGAAUCCCCACGAUAUCUAAUGAAGCAUGGGAAGUACCGGAAGGCUCUUGAAUCUUUUUGCAUGAUCCAGACAACACCCCUCUUAGCUAGCCGAGAUUUCAUGUACGCUCAUGCUCAAUUGGAUUUUGAAAGUCGUUUGAUGAGAGGCAAAGCGGAUGAGCACGGGAAUCUCGCAGAGAGGAUUGCACGGAGUGAGAUUCAUCUCCCGAACGAAGAAGAUAACAAUGCAGACCGGGUAUUCCAGAUAUGUGCUUCGCCGCCUCAAUUAAAUCACCGAGGCAAUGAAGACCGCCUGCAGACAGGAAACAUACUUGAGCCACGGGACAGUCACCAAUCCCUACGGCUCCAGCCACCAGGUCGACAGGGAGAUAUCGAACUAUCAAGCAUAGGACAGCAUAGCAGUGAUACCUCCAGUACUGAUGGCGAAAUUGGGUUUAGGAGGGUCGGGGGGAAAGACAAUCCGUACUUCUACCAUAUCGGCGUGACUGGCUAUUUCAUGCGGCUUCGGCAAUUGUGGACCAACUUGAGGUGUCGAAGGGCCCUUCUCGCGGCUUCGAUAGCAAUGAUUGGCCAGCAAAUGACUGGCGUUAAUUCAAUUGCUUUUUUAGGGACUACUGUUUGGCAAAAUUCGCUGAAGACAACCACCGAUCCGAAGACCAUUGCGGGAAUAGGUCUUUUCUUCGGUGCUGCGAACUACUUGGGUGGCCUUCCGGCGUAUUGGCUUUCGGACAAGUACGGUCGCUCAAUCCUCCAGGCCGCAGGCCACCCAAACAUGGCAUGGUCAAUGCUAGUAUUCGCCUUCUUGUUCAAGCUCCCCGAGAGCUCACAUGCGCGAGUACCAUUGGUCAGCAUUUUUGCUGUAGUCUUCACACUCUUUUAUGCACCAACAGCCGGGACUAGUCCUUUCUCUAUAUCCGCGGAAGUUUUCCCCUUAGUAUCGAGGGAGGUAGGUAUGGCUGUCUCCGUAGCAGUCAAUCUGCUUGGAGCAGGUAUCCUUGUGCUUCUGUUUCCAAUGCUGAUGCAGAAGAUCGGAAUAACGGGAAGUUUAUCCAUUUUCGCUGGCCUAAAUCUCGUAGCAUUUGUCCUCGUUUAUCUAUUUGUCCCAGAAACCCGAAGACGGACUCUGGAAGAGCUUCAGUAUACAUUUGACUUAUCCACGAGGUGGCAUGUUGAAUAUCGGGCUGGUUAUGUGCGGCGUCACUUUGUGAAGAACUUCAGGAAAUACGUGACUCGACAGGAGGUGCGACCGCCGAUACCCUUUUAUCGGUGGGCGAGGAUCACUUAUGGAGAGAGGAUGCAAAAUUCGUAAGAGAAAAGGGAGCCGAUUUAAUCCAUACGAGUUAUGCCUUUUUCGAGGCGGAAUUCCAAGCUUACCUAGAUGACCAGGUAAAAGUUCCAAUUUAACUUCCUCUUGGAAGGCUUAG